GAAAAAUCUAAUUUUCAAGGUCAAAUUUGCUUUACACAAAAUGUCUUGUUUUUAUUGAAUUGAUAUUCUUGGAUGUCACCGGAUGUAACUAAAAGAAAAAGUAACAUCUACACGAUAUAGACUCUCAUUUCCAUAACACAUAAGCAUCUUCUUUUAAAAACCAGAUUUUCAGUAUCAUACGGCCUUUUGUAGACGUUAGAAGUUGACAAUGAACGAAGAAACUGAUGUCCGGACCGAACAAUCUUUGGAACUUUUUAAAAAUUGGCUUGCAAAGCAUCCAUUCAUUAAAUAUGAUGGAGAUGACAACAUCGAUGAUUUCCUCAUGUACUUCUUGCGGAUGAAGAAAUUCAACAUGGAUCAAACUUACGAAUCGUUUGAAUUUGCAGCAAAGUUUGUCAAAUCACGACCGCAAUUUUAUGAAAAUCCAGGACCGCAUGACUAUGAAUUUACAAGUAAACCAAAAUCACCAGUUGUGUUUGUGAAGAAACGUGACAGUCAAGGUCGACGCAUCUACAUUUACAGAAUCAAACAUUUUGAUAGCUUUAAAGACGUCAAAUUUUUUAGGAAUGUGUUCUUGACUCCAUUUUUCAUGUCAUUUGUGCUGGAGACUCAAAUUAAUGGAAUUGUGAUUAUUGUGGAUUUUCGUGACAUUGACAGAAGUAAAUCUAGAAAAGUGUCACUAGAAACAGUCUUUGAUGCUGGCAGAGUUGCGAAAAUUGCUGGAUCUAAGAUGAAGCAGUUCAAUUUUAUUGGAAUGCCUGGAUUCUUUAGACCACUAUUUGAAAUUGCCAAAACAUUCACAUCCGCAAAAGUUAUAUCUAGAAUUAAUUUCCUGCAAAAUGUUGGAGAACUAGAAAAAGUCAUGGAUGUGUCAAUCUUACCUAAAGAAUAUGGAGGUUCAGCUGAUGACUUUUUAGAUUUUAGUGAAUUUGAGGAAGGCAUUAAGUAUGUCAAUCAAUUUAACAAGUUUAAUGUGAAUUUUGCAAAGAUUCAAGAAUUUGAAGGAGUUGGAAGUUUUAGGAAAUUGGAAAUUGACUAAAUAGGUUUAAGAUGUUUUACCUGGACUUCUGACUCUCGUUAUCUAAUCAAUUAUGUUGGAAGUAUAUAGAACAA